AUGGCGAACAAGAUGGAGAAGAGGCUCCUUUGGCAUCCGCGGCAGGAGAAUAGGUUCAUUAUUGGGGGUGGUUCACAGAUUUCCCUGUUUGACUGGGCUCCCGAUGUUACGGAGUUUAAGCUUGUUUCCACACAAGCAGACCUACAGCUAAUGAAAUGCUUUGCUUGGUCCCCUGAUCCAUCGAUUGAUGACCUCGUCGCUGUCGGCUCUGAAAAUGGGAAAGUGGAUUUAUGGCGCCUGGAAGCCAACAGAUACGCAAGGAAUAAUCUUGUGUCCAAUGGUCCGGAGCUUUCAAUUCGAAAUUCAAGACGUGUUCUCGCACUCGCGUUCUCUUCGCACAAGCCGAAUCUUCUGGCCGUUGGUUUAGACAAAGUCAAAGGAGAUCCGAGCCUUGUGAUACGUGACAUCGCUGUUGCUGCUGCUAUAGCUGGAAGAUCAUCAAAUGCCCGAUCUUCCAAGGCGGACCGAUCCAUCGUACAGCAGUAUGCUCUCGCCGAAGCUGUAUACUCAACGACUUUCCUGUCAGAGAACCCGAAUCUACUCGUUGCUGGCAUAUCGAACCUUUGGCUCCGACUGUUUGACCUCCGCAACCCUACAGUGCAUAUUGGACAGGCACCAGCGGGGAGAGUUUAUGGUAUUAUUCCCGAUCCAUUCGACAAGUAUCGCGUGGCUUGCUUUGGUGAAGGGUCAGUCACAGUAUGGGAUACUAGAAGAUUUAUUUCUCCGCUUCUCAGUUUCACUCUCAAAGACGCUGCAGCCGACGGUGCACGGUAUUCUUCUUCUGAUUCGUUCGUAAAUGCAGAAUUCUCUCCAGUUCGUCGUGGAUCCCUUGCAACGCUGACGCGUGAUGCGAAUCAUGUACGUUUCUGGGACAUUCAGAAAGCUCCCUCAUCGGAGAUGUCGAGAGAAUCUGGAGAUACCUACAUGAGAGGCAUUUCGAAGGACAGUGCGCGCUCAAGCAAGUUAUCUCGUCUAUCAUGGGCAGCUCCCUCCACCAUGUUACCAUGGAAUGCCCCAUCCGAUCAAGCCCACAUACCCAGUAGUAUCUCAUCGUUUGCGAAGAUUGACACUGAUAUUCUCUCAAAUACUAGACACACUAAGGCAUUUUCUCGACCUCUUGUGUCCUUUGCACUUGCGCCUAGCUUGUACGAUCAUCCCUUGACUUCAAAUAUAGUUGUCACCAGCAAGGAGGGAGACAUAGAAAUGUAUGAGAUGCAUGACGUACCGAAGCAGACUAUCUGGAGCUCCAGAGGCGACCUUGCUCUUGGUGCGGGCACAAGCUUCCGCAUUUUCCCUGGGUGCCAUGAUGAGGAACCAGUUCCAGAACCUUGGGAACUCGAGAGACAAAACGAUGAGUCGACAAAAACUACCACCAGUCGUUCCCAGUCACGCGCAGAAGACGUCGAUAGGCUUACCAUGAAGCAAUCUAGAAGAGACAAUGGUGGAUCCGAUAUCAAAGGCUCUCCGGCCACCACAGCAAGAAGACUUGAAGGGCGUACAUAUAGUCCGGCGUCCGUUAAACGGUACCCGGUAGAUCACUCCGUGAGUCGCCCGCCGGAUUCGGACAAUCGUAGCACAACUGCGAGAGCACCGUCUUCAGAACCAACGGCUCAGGGUGUCGACACGGCAAACCGUUUGUUACCGGGGAAGGCACAACGGUCCGACCAAGCCCAGUCCACAUUGAAGGGACGACGGCGACUUCCUGACGGGGUUGCUCCUUCGGCGAUCGAAUCCGACAUUUCUAUGCUGAUGCGUGCAAGAGUUCUCCAGGGCUACGGACUUUUCAACCCCCAGCACAACGCAAAAUGCACAAGCAGUCAAUUUGGAGCCGAUUCCUCAUUGUCGGAAGUUUGGGCCUGGUUAAAUCACUCCAGAAAUUUGCUGAUGUCUGGCACGUCCAAGAUACAUGGUAUUGACUUCUCGUUUCAGGGCAUACUUGGAAUCUGGGAAGGUCUAGAAGCGUCGGCAUCGCCUGACGUCGUUAGCAUUCUGGACGGACUGGAUCUCGCUGGUCCAUCCGAAGUACCUUCCCCCAACUUGCUGAGUAUGAAUCCACUCGUUGAGGCAAAUAUCCCUUUACGGUCUCGUAUCUCCAGGCAUAGCCAACGGAUGGGCGACGGCUUCCAUGGUAGUUACUCUGCGGCACUAAGCAAGCUGAACUCUCGUAGCAAUUUGGACAGAACCAUGUGGAAACCUACUGUCCACACAGACAAGAGUCAACAAAGGAGACUGUCGCUAGCUCUGUGUGACUGGAAGGUCGGAGAGGAGGAAUUCUCGAGAUGGGAAAGGGAAGGCAAACAUUCACAAGCCGCCUGCUGGCUACUAUUUACUAAUCAAGGUGCAAGAGCUAUUGAGCUUUUGAUGAGGAGUAAAAACGAGUCGCAUCAAAUGCUCUCCGGAACCAUCGCAACACUUCUCCAAUCAGGGACUACGUCGAGGAACCAUGAUCUUCGAGGUCAUUGUGAACGCUUGAUAGUGAAGCUACAGGAUCCACACCAGCGCAUCAUGCUUUCAUACAUUGUAUUCAAUGAUUGGAAUGACGUCUUAGAGGAGGAAGCAUUACCACUUCGAGAGCGAUUGGCCAUAGCAUUACGCUUCCUGGACGACAAGCAACUCACCUCUUAUCUACGACGAAUAGCAGAUGAUUGUCGAUCUAAAGGCAGCAUUGAAGGUCUCAUUGUGACCGGAUUGACGCCUCUCGGACUCGAUGUACUGCAGAGUUAUGUUGACUCAACUGGAGAUGUGCAGACAGUCGCAUUGCUGUCCAGCUAUAUCUGUCCAGGACGUUAUAAAGACGUUCGUGCCGAGCGCUGGGUUGAAGCGUAUCGUGAUCUUCUCGACGGGUGGAAGCUGUUUCACCAUCGGUGCCAAUUCGACAUCGAUCGCGGCAAGAUUCUUCAAGAGGGUAUUUUGAACGGCGAUUUCGAGCCGAUGGAAUGGGUCAAGAAGCAGUACCUUAUACGGUGCAACUUCUGUAACAAAGUCGUGAACACGCAGCAACACCAGCGUCCUCAGGAGCCAAUUGCCAUGCAAAGGAGACGGGCUGCGGCAUGUCCUUGGUGUGGAAGAGCAUUGCCAAGAUGUGCUGUGUGCCUCAUGAGCGUUUGCGUGAUUCCUGACACCGGACUAGAAACUGAUGCUCUUCAUUCUUCCUUCCGAGAUACUAUCGAUGAUGCGUUUGUGUUUUGCCAGAAAUGUCGACAUGGAGGACAUGCCUCACAUAUCAUAUUUUGGUUCUUUAAGGAAGAUGGUACGAGGCGACAUCGGACAUGCCCGGUCGCAGAUUGUGACUGUUAUUGCGAUGAGGACGAAGAUUCUUAGCUUUGAUAUCGGUAUAAUUUUUGUGUGUGUAUUACUGUCAUUUGUUCACAUUAGUUUGUAAAUGCAAUUGUAAU